GCAGUCGGGCGGCAGCAAGGAGCGAGGUGCUGUGUGCAGUGGAUCUGCGUCACGAUUUUCCUCUCGUUUGAUUGCGAUUUGGCCGCGAUAUUGAGUCUUCUUGGAGUUGGAAACGAGGUUCAGAAAAAUGAGUCGCUCACCGCAACACGCUGUGGCCAAUGGAGCUUCACCAGUUCGUGAAAGGUCCAGGGACCCUUCAUUUUCCCGCUCAAGAUCACGCUCCAGAGACCGACGUGAAACCUACAAACACUCUUCUAGAAGUUCUGGUUCCCCUAGAUACCGCGAGGAGCGCUACCGAGAGGACAAAUAUUCAUCCUCACGCCGCAGAGAUUCUCGUUCCCCAUCUUACUCCAGAAAUAGAAGGAGUAACAGGUCGCCAAUGUCGAAUCGCCGCCGUCAUCAUGGAAGCAGAGAGGACCCAUCCCCUAGCAACUGCCUUGGCAUCUUUGGACUCUCUCUCUACACAACUGAGAGACAGCUUCAUCACCUCUUCGGCAAAUAUGGUCAUAUCAAUGAAGUCCAAGUUGUGUUAGAUGCUAAAACUGGUCGAUCAAGGGGAUUUGCUUUCAUCUACUUUGAUCAUGUGGAUGAUGCCACAGAAGCCAAGGACCAGUGCACUGGCAUGGAGAUUGAUGGAAGAAGGAUCAGAGUAGAUUAUUCCAUCACAGAGAGAGCCCACACACCCACUCCUGGCAUAUACAUGGGUCGACCAACUUAUUCUAACAAUGGCCGUAGAGGUGGUGGUGGAGGUGGGGGAGGUCGCCACAGAGGUGGAUAUGGAGGGGGGAGUCGCAGUCGCCGGUCCCCUCCACGUAGAUCAUACCGCUCACGCUCUCGGUCAUACUCUCCACGCUUGAAGAAUGGAAGUAUUGGUGAAUAUUGGAAGAUAAGAAAAUCUUAAUGAGUCGGAAGAUUAGAAGCACUGGCCGGGUUUCUUUGGGGAACAUUGGAGAAGAAUUGUUGGCGAAGACAGAACAGGCUGACAAUAUUCACCACUGUUGUAGUAACCAAGAAAUGGAAUGUUUCCAAGCAUAUGAAGAUCUCACACUAGAAUUUUGUGAAGCUUCAAGGGAAAUUGGAGAAGUAAUGAAGAUGGCAGUUGGUUUGAAGAAGGAAAUAAGGCGGGUAAAAGGGUAACACCAGAAAAAACGAGGGAAGGCAGUAAGAAAGGGAAGUAAAGUUGAAGCAAAGUCGCAAAAAAACUGGGUCAAGACGAAGGAAUGCAAGAAUUUUCUCAGGUCAAAAGGGCGUAUGGUCAACCCGAGUCUUCCUUGUUGAACACCACAUCAUCAUCCUCAUCCUCACAGGGGAAGUGUCAGUACUGCCAUGAGGUAAUCCUUCGUCUCAUUUAUGUUAGAAACCCUCAGAUAACAGCCUCUUUUUACAAGAUUUUCACUUCCAUAUCGACACAUUCCAACAGUGAUUCCUUAAACAUGGAAAAAGAUUUUGGGAACAGGUUCACACCAUUAGAAGUACAUUAAAUCCCUUCCAGCCACUUACUUUUUACUCUUUUUUUUUCUCUCUUUCAAACUUCAUCAGUUGGGGAGACCAUUUUUUCCUUGUUUAGUGUGAAGCUUCUUGUACAGCAAAGAGCUCAAGUGUAGAGAUCUUGAUAUCAUAAUUCAUGGAAAGUUGCAUAUAAUUGCAUUUAAAGGAGCAUGUGCUUUCUGGAUUCCAACUGCAAAGAAAGUUGUUUCUGUUUCAAACAUAUACCACCAGGUAAUACAUAAAGUAUACAGUGGAAGUUAUUCUUCGUAUCAAGUACUGUAUAAUAUGAAAAGGCCUUGGCUCUGUUGGAAAGUGAAUAGACCAUUAUCCAAGAGGGUUUACUUGGCUUUCAUUCUGUUGUAUGGUGACUUGUUAGUAUUUCAUAUACAUAAAAAGUAAAGAAUAUUGCAGCCAAAAAAAAGUGGAUGGGGUUUUACUAAUGAAGGACUUAUUUUUCAGGUGCCAUUUUCUUUAAUUCAACAUGUUGACGGCCAGUGUAUUUUGACCUUUUCAUUAAUACUCUUAAAACUUUAUUUUCCAUAUAAAAUGGAAAUUAACAAGACAUGAAAAAAAUGUAAGCUAAAUCUAAGUGACUUUAAAGACAAGCAUUUUACAUAAACAGAUGUAGAGUUGUGCCUCUUAUUAUUUUACAAUUUUUCUUGAAUGUAUAUCACUUGUAUCACUGGGACAGGUACACUGAGGCACGCACUUUUUUUCCCCUCUCUCCCUCCAAUUGUUUGACUAUUUUGUAAAUUGUGGGAAGGUUUUAAGAUUGAUCUGGGAUUUAUAACAAGGAAAGUAAACAAUUGCAUAGUAAUUUAUGAAGGAUUUGCAACGUGGACAUCCUUUGUUGAAUAAGUAAAGUUCAGCAGCUUCGAUUGCCUGGUAAGUCAUGUAUGUUGAAAUUAGCAUUUUGCUCAAUGACUUUGAAUUUCUUUUCUGUAUCUUUAUAUUUUUUUCUAAAAGCUUUCGAAUGGUAGAGCCAUUAUCUGUGAUUAGACAUACAAUUAGAAUUCUUUUGCUUGCUAAAGAAAUAAUGGUAGCUCAUAUUGUUUAGAGUUGCAUCUUCAAAUUACUUCUAACCCUAAUUGAAUUCAAAAUACAGACUAGCAUAACAUGCUUUUUGACAAACAAACCUUAUACAUUCAUGGUACCAAAUAUUUUAGAUAACACUUUCGAAUGCCUUAAGAUUGGCCUAAAUAAAGAUCCUUCUUUUCUUGUUGGCUUUUUGGAGAAAACAGUCUAGUCAGUUAAAAGUAGUUUUAGGAAUAAAUAAUAUCAGUUGCAUUUCAGAUACUCAGCAAAAUGAAUUGAAAUGAAAAAAAUGUGACAUCAAUAAAGUUUUUAUGAAUGA